CUCGAAACAGAUAUUCAAGCUUUUCCGAUCGAUCUAAUCAAGGCCAGGAUGACCCGAACAGAUUCAGAUCCGACAGCGCAGCGCCUCCUCCUAGUCAGCGUUCCGCGCACCGCCUCCAACCUUCUCCUGAAAGUCCUGAAUAUCCACGAGCAACCCUCCCUCCACACCAACAACAAAGGCGGCUACUUCUUCUUCGAUGCCUUCACUGCCGAGGUCCAGAGCGGCCUUCUGACUACCCCGCCCUCUGCCUGGUCGACGUCCACCGUUGCUGAGGUCCGAAGCGCCUUCCAAACAUGCCUCAAUGCAUUAGAGGAAUUCUCCCGCGAAGCAGAGACGACGGGCAAACGGGCUUUCGCCAAAGAACAUGCCUUCUGGUUCUUGAACCCGCUCUCCUUCCACCCAACAAACCCGGAGGAACCUGCUUCGGAUGAUGACGACCUCACGCAAAGCGAGGAGGAACUCUUCCGCCUCACCCUCCCCAGCAAGUACGGCAAGACGAACACUUUCUCCUCCGAAAACCGCACCAUCCUGCCCGACGAAUACCUGCGCACCUGGCGCAUGGCCUUCAUCAUCCGUCAUCCAGCCCUCACCUUCCCCAGCUUCUACCGCGCGAUGCUCAAGAUGUCCGAGACGGGGUACCUCGUUGACGACGAGGAGUCAAUGCGUGGUACGCUGGCGACGAACAUGUCGAUGCGCUGGACGCGCUUGCUGGUCGAGUGGUGUUUACGGCAUCGGCCGGGAGAGCCCGUCCUGCUGCUGGACGCGCACGACCUCAUUCAUGAUCCUGUGGCGGUGAGGCGCUUCUGUAAUCUAGCGGGGCUGGAUGAGAGCGUGGUCAAGUUUGAGUGGGGGGCAGGGGAGCCGCAUCAGCGGAAGAGGAAGGAGGAGGCGCCGGAUGAGGCGACGUUCACGAAGGAGCAGAGGGAAUAUCACGCGGCUGCCAAGAUUAUGUUCUCCACGUUGGAGGGGUCAUCGGGGAUGAUGAAGGAUAAGACGCCUUCUAUGGUGGAUGUGGGGGCUGAGGUUGGGAAGUGGAGGGCGGAGUUUGGGGAGGAGGCUGCUGGGAUGUUGGAACGUGCGGUGGAGGAGGCAAUGCCCGACUAUGAGUUUCUCAUGGCGAGGAGAGUGAGGGGUUAA